CAGACUUCCAGUAUAUAUGGAUGGGUUUUAAAAAGGGACCAUGACUUUUGUAGCGACGUUCCGAACUUCCCGCGCGCUCUUUGUCGUCACCAGUGCCUGACGACGACUGCCACCACGCGUCUACCCUUGCAGCUGGGCCGCCCCUGAUAGGCCAGGAAUUAUGGAACCAGGGUCUCAAUGGUUAACCAAUCAAACGCGACCAAAGUGUGCUUACUGAACGUGCCGAGGUAAAAGGUACGAAGUGCUUGGAUCCUGAACCGAUGUCAUAUCCGGGACUCUGGGGAAAAGGUGAAGUGUGGAGAGUUAAGUAGUGUGAUAACUUCCCCUUCUCGACCACAUUUCUUGCAUUCACGCCCUAUAUACGCAAUACACAGCUCAACAUGUCUCAACAAUUUACUCCCGCAGAUGUUGCCCAGCACAACAACCCCGAGAAGGGCCUCUACAUCAUCGUAGACUCGAACGUCUACAACGUCACCGACUUUGCCGAUGAGCACCCCGGUGGAGCCAAGAUCCUCAAGCGCGUCGCCGGCAAGGACGCCUCCAAGCAGUUCUGGAAAUACCACAACGCCGGCGUGCUCAAGAAGUACGGAGCCAAGCUCCAGAUCGGGACCGUUAAGGACGCCGCCAAGUUAUAAGCGCUGCAAGCUUAGAGGGCGUUGUAUUUACACCGUCGAGUGAGGGGCGUACAUGACGGAGGCACGGAGGCGCAUUAGUGCCUGGAUGUGUGUUGUCAUUCAGGUGAUGCUGCGGACCAAGGCGAAACCGAGGAGGACAACAUAGGUUCAAAAGGCGACGUGUAUGAAGAGAAUGGGAGGCAAGGGAGUGAUUUGCAAUGCAUAUAUGAUUUCGAACCAUUGCGACAGCAUAUAUACAAUAGACCAU